UGAAGGCUCCAGAGAAGGUGGCAUCAAACUGGUUGUACACAGCGACAAGGGAGAUUACCAUGAACUCACCAAUGUGACCAAUCAGACACACUCAUAUUCUCUUAUCUCUGACCAGGCCGAGAAAGGUGUUGGGGCCAAAACGCCAACGUCCACCCCAGGCAGGAAGAGAAUCCACCCACAAAAGCCGGGAAAGUACAAGUGUAAAUACUGUGACAGAACGUGUGCAAAGCCGAGUGUUCUCGAGAAACAUUUAAGAGCGCAUACGAAUGAACGGCCUUUCCCAUGUGUGGUGUGCGGUGUGUCUUUCAAAACAAAGAGCAACUUGUCCAAACAUUGUAAAUCGAAUGCGCACAUGUCCAGGACGGGGAUUUCCUGGGCAGGCUCUAAAGAUAAUAGCAACACCGAGGUCAAGGAUGAGGAAGGGAAACAGGAAGAGGAGGAUAAUGAUUCAGAAUGCACGGACACCGAUGUCGAGGGUGCCGGAUAUGUGGAUAAUGAUGAUGAGAGUGGCGAUGAGAACCCAAAAGUAAUUGUUGAAAGCACGGACGGUCAGCUCCAGAUAAAGCCCGAGCCACCUGUGCGCCAAGGGAGCGUACUUGAAGGGAUCAGACAGAAGAUUGAUAAGAACAAACGGCAGCAACAGGAGCAGGAGAAGGAGGGCAAGCUGGAGAUCAGUAAAUGGUUCACCCGCAUAUUUGACGCCUUCGACAAGCC